AUGUCGAGCUCUCGCGCGGGUGGUAGGGCGACCUCCCCCACAUCACAGCUGCUCAAAAGUAUGAACAUGACACGCGAAGACCUGCGUCGACACAGCGAGCAGAUGCGACAAUUUCUGACUACCGAGCAAGCGAACGAGGGUCGCAACUUUGCUCCUGUCCCGAACGGCCACCGCUCGAAGUCGAGUGUCUCCCGCUCUCGUGGCAGAUCACGCGCUGGGUCGUCCGCCGACGCGUCUGUGUUUGCGCGGUCGCCCAGUCCGCCUCAAACUCCCGUCAAGGCGGAGCCGAUCGAGAGCACACUCCCCACGCGUCCGCUGGAUACGAUGGAGCUCGUCAUGGAGCGCAAAUUGAACGAGAAGCUGCGUCGCAGUCGGUACUUCCAUCCCGCCACCAUCUACAAAUUUAUAUAUGAUUUACAGACUCCAGUACGCACGCACGACGCGUCGAGCAACAUGUUCCAUCUACCCCUUCGCGUAGCGUCACACCCCAGAUACUACAGCUCCCGCGUCGUGAAUGAGGCGCUGUCUUCACAGCCUUACCUGCCCCCUUUCGACGCAGCUAAUGGCGCGUUGCCGCGCACACCGCUGGGUCUGCGUCCAUCUCGCGGUGCUGAUUCAAACAGUGCGCGACGUUCGUUCGGCCGGCACAUCUAUUCAACACCACGCACGGCAGCGCACACACCCACCCCUGCCUCGAGCCCUCCGAGAGUGAUCAAUCAAGUGUCAUCACCGGCGCCUAUGCGAUCUAGUCCUGCGCCCGAGGAGCACGAUGAAUUUCCGUUUAUCCUUCCCCCUGGUCCAUAUUGCGCAGCCAAGCCAGAAUUUGCCUACGCUGGAUUGAUCGGCCAAGCUAUUCUAGCGUCUCCAGAACACCGGCUUACUCUACAGGACAUCUAUGAAUUCAUCACGAUAGUGUACCCAUACUACAAGCGGGGUGAACAGACAUGGAUGAACUCUGUGCGACAUUGCCUCAGUACAAUGGCCGUUUUCCGCAAGGUGCCGCGUGGGCGCAAUGAGGGCAAAAGUCUAUGGGCCAUUUUUGACGACGAUGUCGCAGCAUUUGUGGGCGGGGGAUUCCGGAAGACCCUUUGCAAAGACAUGGUGAAGCUAGAUCAGGAGAAGGCGGCCAAGAAGGGGCCGAGAAAGCGCGGUACGAUGGACGAAGUCAUGACGCGGGACACGAAGCGUCGAAAGAAGAACGAUGGCGCUGAGAGCAAUCAAGCGUCUUCCAGCGCAUUGCCGGUUCACCAUGGACCCGUGUUCCCGCCAUACUUCCCUGGCUUCCACCCUUCAGCGCACCAUCAGCCCUACUAUCAACCUUACGUCCCACUUCCCCGGCCUCAACCACUGCCUGCUGAGGUCGUCUUUCCUCCACUACCUCCCACUUCUAAUCUUCACCGAGUUGCACACGCCCGCACGCCUGGUCAGGUUGUGACGAGUCCUGCGCUUGAGUCGGAUGAUGUGUCGCGAACUGAACGAGGACGAAAUCCGUCGCCCAAGCCGAUCUCGUCCUCGCCGUCUGCGCCCUCUCUCACUCCUAACUUCAGCUCCUCGUCAAGCCCACCGCUUCCAUCUGACGCGAGCUUGGAGGCACAGUGGCUGAGGUCGCCAUCAGCCUCGCCUCAGGCUGUUGAGUCGGCAGACGAGGACUUCGGUACCAGCUGGACGUCAAAGCUGACCUAUCCUGUGGAUGCCCUCGAUCCCCAGUUGCUCAAUAAGCAGGGCCCGAGUCACAGCCAGAAGCCUGCAAAAGGGAAAGGAAAAGGAAAAGCACAGGCAUGUUUUCCGCGCCACUUCUGCUCUUUGUACUCAUCAUCUCAUCUUGACCCUCCUCUGCCUGCUGUCUUCCACCCAGCCGCACCUCUGCUUGCUAUGCCCAUUGAAGGCCUGAGCACGUCUCCGACUGCCACGUUCUCGGGCGAAGCGCGCACUCCCACGCGCAGGCGCGACGGACCGUCAUCUUCCAUGACUGGUGAGAUGCUGCCUUUAACGCCAUUUGCACCCACGACGCCGCGGCGGACCAAGAGGAACACGUUCGAAUCGCCAUUCCGAACGCCUACCAAUAAGAUCUACGACCCAGUCGCGCCGGGUGCGCUCCUGGCCGAGGAACUCGAACGCCAGGAGCGACAGCAGUUCGACGUCAGUCCUGGGAUCUUUGGACGGCGGGAGAGGCUCGGCUCCCUCUUCGAUACCCCGACCGGCCCCAGUCCCGGUGCCUGGGACCGUCUCUGGUGA